AAACCGACGUUAAAAACGAAGAAGAGGCACCGCUGUGUAGUGUGCGCGCCGCCUUAGCUGCGGAAUUUAGGAGGCUGUUCUUGGACUCCAACAAACUCUCAGCAAGAAAAUAAUGAACAACAAAUUUGACGCUUUGAAAGACGAUGACAGUGGAGACCACGACCAGGACCAAGGAUCACCGAAAGACAGUGAGAAGGAAAAAAUCGAAGACGAGGACAAGGACCAGAAUUCUACAAGGAAAAAGAUGGUGGUACCAGGGGCAGGGGAGCACCCACUUCAGUACAACUACACCUUCUGGUAUUCCAGACGAACCCCUGGGAGACCAGCCAGCACUCAGAGCUACGAACAGAACAUCAAACAGAUCGGCAGCUUUGCCUCAGUGGAGCAGUUCUGGCGUUUCUAUAGUCACAUGAUCAGGCCAGGGGAUCUGACUGGCCACAGUGACUUCCAUCUCUUCAAAGAGGGUAUUAAACCCAUGUGGGAGGACGAUGCCAAUAAGAUGGGUGGGAAGUGGAUCAUCCGUCUGAGGAAAGGCCUCGCAUCUCGGUGCUGGGAAAACCUGAUCCUGGCCAUGUUGGGGGAGCAGUUCAUGGUGGGAGAGGAAAUCUGUGGGGCUGUGGUGUCAGUACGCUUCCAGGAGGACAUCAUUUCCAUCUGGAACAAAACUGCUAGUGACCAGGCAACCACUGCCCGCAUCAGAGACACGCUACGCAGAGUCCUCAACCUGCCCCCCAACACCAUCAUGGAGUACAAGACGCAUACAGACAGCAUUAAGUAUAGCCUGGGAAGACUUCCAUGGUCUGGUGAAUGCUAGUGCUGGACGUUAGGCCCUCACACAGAGAACAUCUACAAGGGUGUGAAGAUAUGUGAUGCUUUGGGGGUAGACAAGUCCGAGGACGGACACCUCUGUGUGGAUUGGCACUGUGUGAUGUGAAGACAGGAAGUCAGGAACGGGGGCAAGAAGACCGUCACUUCUGUGUGUCGAAUUGCAAAAACGUACAGGAAAGCCUUGCAACGGGACGCUGAACCAAGCCGAAGAGAAAAAUGUGUUAUUUUUAACGAAGCAGAGGGGAGAACACAACCUUCAAUUUUUUUUUAAUUUUAUUUUUUUUGUAACUCGAGUUGUAACAUCUGUUAACCUGCCACCAGAGGGGGCACAUGAAUGGUGCUUGAUCCUAGCUGUUAACAAGUGUACUUGACUAAAUACAACAAAACCAACAGAAACAAAUCCAUUAUAAUGCUAGAUCUGCUUUUAUUGCUUACAUCACAUCCAACUUCCUGCUAUUAAAGUAAGUCUGUGUUCAUCUGUUUUAUUGGGACUCAAACAGGGUUGCAGGUAGAUGUUAUUUUAUUACAGUUCUGUAUUUUAAUGACAACUCCUCGGCCAUUUCGAACUAGAAAUGAUUACUGAUUACAGUUAUUGUGUGCGAUAUAUUUGUAAAUACAGUCCAAGUCAAAGAUCACACAAUUGAAUCAGCGACGAUUCUGCGUCUUUGACCUGGAAGUUGAAUCCCAAAGGAUGAGGACCAUCCUGUGUUGGGCAGAAGGUUGUAUGACCGGCAUCUUCAAAAUGGACUGCCAAGCUGCCUCAAUCACUGUGCCUGUCCUCAAGCCAGACCUGAUAAAGGUCUCCCGCCUGCUGUUUUCGUCUUUACCCACCUUUAAGUAAUCCAAGGGUUGGGCUCUGCUUAAAUGUCCUCAGCAAAGGAGUAUUGUGGUCCUGAAACACUGACCAUUGCUUCUGUUUUGUUGUUUUGUUGUUUUGUUUUGUUUUUUUUUUUUUUAGCAAAAGAGAUGAGUUUGGGCCCCGGGGUCUGGGUCUGUUACAUUUGAUCCCUCAAGAGUAUUUUCGACAUUGAACCAUGUUCAGAAAGCACCUCGAGGUUGUUGACAUGCUGUAAUGCUGCCCAUGUUUGGUAGUGCGAUGAUGUGUGCAGGAGUGAGUGUGUGUAUGUUUCAAAAGACAAGAAACUGAUGGAUGUACACCUCAUGGUUUAUAGCAAUAAAUGUCAAAUAUGCAUCUGUUUGCAUCUA